AUGGCAUCCCUCCUGGCGCGAUGCGGCAACCUCGGAGUGACGCGCAUGCGCACGAUCUUCCACGCCCUUCUGCUGCUGCUGAUCUCCAUCCGCAUCUGCCGGUUCGUAGGCGCCCCAACACGUCUCACGGAUUCGCUGGCGGACGUCGCGAAUAGAGGCCAUCUCUCCGCGGAGCACAAAGGGAGCCGCAUCUUCGCGAGUGCCACAGCAGGCCAUCGUGACGUGCGCGUGUUCGUGUACAACUUGCCGCCUAAGUUUAACACGCUUCAGGUCGCAAGGAGCCAUCAGCAACCAGCCCCGAUUCGCGACCCGUACUGCGAUGAGAAUUUCUACAGCGCCGAGGUUUCGGUGCACAAGGGCCUGCUGGCGUCCCCAGCACGGACAAUGAACCCGGCGCAGGCCGACUUCUUCUACGUCCCAAUUUAUGUCACGUGCUAUCUCAUUAACAACCAUCCGAAUAACCUUACCAAAACUGGAAUGUUCUUUGAUGAGGCGAUGAGCCAUAUCGUUCACAAGUAUACCUAUUUCAAUACCUCGCAUGGGAGAGAUCAUGUCUACACGUUUACGCAAGGCUUUGGCGCGAGGCUGUCUGGUGUCAACUGGAAGAGCUGGCGAAACGGGAUUUUCCUGACUCACAAUGGAGAUUUCACAUCUGAGGAGUACACGCCCCGAAAAGAUAUCGUCAUCCCCCCCAAUCUGGGCCACUACAUCACGCCUGUAUACGUAGACAAGAAGCGGCGCGAAUCUCUCAUUUUGGAGCGGCGACGGUUCCUUGCGCAGUUUGGCGGACAGGCGUUUUCUUCCAAGAUUUCUGAUCACCGUGGAAGCAACUACUCAGGCGGUGUCCGGCAAUACCUAGCGUCCGAGUUGUAUGAUACCGCGGGCUUUCGUAUAACGGGAACGCGAUCCAAUGCGUAUCUAGACGACAUGCGCGAUUCUAUGUUCUGUCUCGCCCCAGAGGGAUGGCACCCCUGGAGCCCAAGGCCGUACUACGGUAUCCUUCUUGGUUGCAUCCCUGUCGUGUUGUCCGAAAGGCAAGAGCUCGCCUUUGAAGAUGCAAUCCCCUAUGACGAGCUUGUCGUGUGGGUGCGCCCGAACGACGUCUUUUCUUUGAAUGAGAUUCUUCGCGCGAUUCCUGCAGAGGAAAUCUUGAAGAGACUCAAACUGAUGGAGCGCAUCUGGUCGCUAUUCUGGUAUGGCGAACACCGAGGCGGAGCGCUCAGCGCCAUUCUUGGGGAACUGAGUCGGCACAAAUAUUCGAGCGCCCCGAGAAGACACUAUGCAAUGUUUGUGGGCCCUCGUCGCGGAAAAUAG